AUGGAGACUUAAACUCAAUAUUAAAUUUCUCAAGAAGGUGUGUCUUACUAAAUAUAUAUUUAGAUAUUAAAUCUCUGAAUUCAAAAUAUCGUCUGGUUUUUACUUAUCCUGCAGCUGCAUUUACCAUUUCUGCUCUAAUCCUUAAAUCCACUAAAUUUUUGAGUUUCCCUAAAUUUUUCAGAAACCCUCUUGAAGUAAGCAAUAAAAUAAUUUAAUCAUUCUCCAGAAGGAAAUGUUCUCUUCUCUACCAGACUAUAGAAAAUGGCAAAGCUCCCUUUAUUAUUAUAUGGUGCAUGUGUUGGAGGAGGUAUUGGGUUAUUUCAAUAUGA